UUCACUUGGAACAAUCGUACGAACUAAAGUUACUCGCGUAACAAAUGAACAGCAUUUGUAUCAACAAUAGUGACAUCAUUUCACCUUUGACCUUAACCCGCGAUGAACACUCGAUAGCCCCUUGUACUCCUAUGGUAAAGCGAAAUACAAAGAUGGCGGAGAAGGGUGCAACAGUUAAAAUCAAAGUGAGGCAGAAAAAUAGCGAAGGAGAGUUGCAAGAAAUGACUUGCGAGAUGAAUGAAGAAUUGGCUAUUUUCUUGAAUAGCCCAAAUGGGGAUCCAGAGACUAAAGAAUCAAUUGUUAAAAUGAUUUUUGAUACCCAAGCCCCCCAAGUGGAACAAGGUCCUGAAACUCCUGACAGUGUCCUACAUACAGCGGAAACAGAAGAUAGUGAUCAAAAGGUUCACAUAUGGAGUGAAACUGAAGAAAAGCAGCUAAUUGCACUACGAACAGAAAUGGAUGAUGCCUUCUACAAAAACAAAAAUCAUGAAACAUUAUGGCAAAAGAUUUUUGAGAAUAUGAAUUCGGCCGGAAUUAAAGUCACCAAGCAGCAGAUCAUGAAUAAGUGGAGAAAUCUGAAAAGAAAAUAUAAAGAAACCAUUGACCUAAACAAGAAAACUGGUAAUGAGAAGCAUGAAUUCAAGUACCAAAAUGAAUUUGAUAAUUUGUUUGGACACAAGGCAUCAACGAAAGCAGCAGUGUCAUUUGACAGUGGUGUAAAUGCAGAAGAAAGGAAGAAGAAAAGAGAGAUUGAUAAGAAAGCAACACGACCCAAAAAGCGUUCUGCAGAAAAUCUGCUAAUGAAAAUGGAAAAUAUGAACAAGGAAAUGAGAGAACAGAUGGAGCGGCAUCAGGAGGAAAAGCUCAGACGCUUUGACAGAUUGCUUGACAUCAUUGAAAAACAGGGUCAAAAAUGAUAUUUUUAAAGUUGACA